AUCGCCAUGGGCGGCGGGGUCAGUCGCAAGGGUCCUCUGGCCUCCGAGAGGGGCAGUGUCCUGCGCUCGCUGCCCCCGCCGCUGCCCAAGGACCCGCGCCUGCCGCUCACCAUCCGACAAAAGUUCAGCAUCGUCAAGUCGUGGAAGGGUAUCAGCAGGACCAUGGAGCCCACCGGAAUCUACAUGUUCGUCAAACUUUUCGAAGACCACGCGGAGCUGAUCAACUUUUUCGAGAAGUUCCGCCAGCUGCGCAGUCGGGACGCUCAGGCCGAGAGCCUGGAGCUGGCUGAGCACGCCUCGAUCGUGAUGAACUCGCUGGACGAGGGCAUCAAGGCGCUGGAGGACAUGGAUUACUUUUUCUCGCUGCUGCACCAGAUCGGCGGCGCGCACACCCGGGUGCCCGGCUUCAAAAAGGAGUUCUUCUGGAAAAUCAAGAAUCCGUUUCUGGAGGCGGUGAAGGCCACGCUGGGGGACGCAUACACGAGCAACAUGGACAAUAUCUACCGACUGACCAUCGACUUUAUCAUCAGCACCGUGAUCGAGGGCUUCGACCGAGCGGCCAAGGCUCGGGGCGGGCCCCCUUACCAGGACACUGAUCACUGAGUAAUGAGCAGUGUACCAGGGUACCGAUCAUUGUAUCAGUAUAAAAGGCCCGGGACGGGCCUCCCUACCAGGACACCGACCAAUGAGCAGUGAGCAGUGUACCAGGGUACUGAUUAUUGUACCCGUAUAAAAGGCACAGACUGGUUAAUCAGUACCGAGGACGGUAUUUGAACCCGUACCAUGGUAAUACCGACUUAAAAUUGAAACAUCAACCCGUGCGAGGACACCCACCAUUGAAUGCGUAUACAGAAGGCCAUUGAACUCGCAUUGGUGGAUGGCUUUACAUGCACACUAAACCGAAUUUUAUUGCAUGGUUUAGCUUCGUGAUAGUAGCAUGUUUACGGUGAAUGUAUCGUGUAUUGUAUAUUAGCAGUCAACUGCCUAGCUACGUACAUACAUUGUACUUUUACAUUGUACAAUGUACAAUGUAAAUAGUUGUAGGGUGGUAGUGUAAAUGUCCAGCCAGUCCAGCAAUUGUGAUUGUCGCUGCCGUUGUAAUGAUUCUGACUAACUACACACAAUAAUAGAAUAAGUAUAUUAGCGUAAAACAUAUUUAAAACUGACCUUCAUUAGCAUGCACAAUAUAUUGCAGUUUGCACGAGCACAUCGUAAUCCACCGGUACCCAGAA